GUCGUGACUAUUUACCCUUUCAACACCACCUCUAGCAUGGAGUCCAAACUGAAAGCAUUGAAAGUGGUUGACCUCAAAGCUAUCUUGGCCACUGCCAGCGUCUCUCUCCCUGCGAAGGCGAACAAGCAGGAUCUCAUUAACACCAUUCUCGCUUCCCAGCCUGCCCUUGAUGCCUACAACACCCUUCAUGACGUGCCUACUGAGGUUGACCCUCCCAAGGUCCCAGAAAACAAGCCAGAGCCUCCUAAAGCAAAGCCAGCUGAGCCUCCCAAGUUGCCGCCAAAGGCAGAGCCAGCAGUGGAGCCAACAGCAGAUGCACCACCGGCGUCUGAGCCAUCGGUCGUAGAGCCAGCAGCAGUGGCACCUGUAGACCUCGAACUUGAGAAGCGAAAGAAACGCGCCGCUCGGUUUGGCAUACCUCUUGUUGAGCCCAAGCCGGAUCGUAAAAACGCGUCACGGAAAAAGUUGCCCGCUGCAGCAGAUGAUCCUGAAAGGAUCAAAUCCAGAGCGGUGAGAUUUGGAGUCACUGCAAAGCCUACAUCCUCUCCCCCUUCGAAACGAAAGGCGCCAGCUACCGUGACAGAGGAAGUCGAUGCUGAAGAGUUGGCUCGGCGGAAGAAACGAGCAGAGCGGUUCGGCCCCAAGGCUGCUUGAUGAUAAAGAUGCUCGAUUGUCUUGUACAUGCUCCAGAUGAUGUAGAUGACGACCCUAUGCCGCGCCUAUGGAAUCUUUCUAGCUUGCAGAGGCUCACCGAGGGACGCGUGUAUCAUACAUAACAUUGGAACGCAUACUGUUUCAGUGGAUCGGGAUGUAUUGUUACCUGUCCUACUUUAUCAUUAUUAUUGCAUUCUUCAUGCACAAGAUGAUUGCAGUGGCUACGUUCUAAUCUACGUGAGGUAUAAUCGAUAUAUGAUCAAUCGGAGAACAUAAAUUUUUAAAAUGAACCAUAGUAUAUUACAGGUCCAAGCACAUAAGUAGUAAGUACU